GCUGUCGCUGUAGGGAGCUUGCUACAUUUCACUAACUUCCGUUUUUCUGAACACGUGCAGUUCGGAUAUGUUUACUAGAUUUCUGGCGUUGUGUAAACACGAACGGGUACGCUGAUUACCAUGGGGUACAAAUUGGCUCGUGCAAAGAAAAAUAAGGGGCGGACAUGGAAGAAAGGCCAGAGUAGUAACAGUAAUCCCGAAUCGAAGAAAUUCAGAGAAGCAGCAAAACACCGAUUCUUCAAUCCAACAUCAGGUCAAAGUUCACUGACAGUUGAAGCGCUGAGUAAACAUGAUGAAGAAGCUGAUGAUGAGAAAAUGUCCGACAUGGAUGCCCAGACAGACACCCAGACUGUCGGUGCAAAGACAUUUAAUACCUGGGCAACAAACUGGACAGAUUGUACAAAUAAAACCUUCAGUAAAGUACAGCGGUACUGGAGCUCAAAUUCAGCCGUACACAAAGAGGUGUUGGCGGUUUUAGCGGCUGUGACAGAGGUCAUCAAACAACAGGGGGGCAAGGAAACAGAGACAGAGUACUUUGCUGCACUGAUGACAGCACUGGAGACUGCCGAAGGGGAAGAGUCGUUGGCUGCUAUUGGAUACCUCCUCAGCUUAGUCAUGAAAAGAGUUCCUGUGCCAGUGUUGAGAAGCCGAUUCUCCCAAGUAGCCAAGCAACUACUGGAUCUGCUGGCCAAGUACAGUGAUGCUAAUGCAACGUCCUUGUUGAAAUCGUUGCUUCUAAGUCUGGCAUCAGUUCUGCGAGUUCAAGAGGUUGCUGUGUGGUCGAAUUCCUCCACACAACAAAUAUACACAGGGCUGCUUACCUUCAUCACCCACAAGAAACCAAAGGUGAGGAAGGCAGCACACCAUGCUGUUAACAUUGUGCUGAAAGCAAGCCUGUGUAUGACCCAGGGAGAGGCCCCACCCCACCACCCAGUGGCACCCCUUACAGCCAAGUACUGUGUGCAGCAGAUUGAGGAGAGUGGAGGUACUGGUGACGCUGUAGACAGCUUACAUGUGUUGACACUGCUGAAGGAGAUAACAGGAGAGUUUGCUCAGUCUAGUGUCAAGGUCGUUUGUGAAACCAUCCUCAAGGUCAUGACAGUGAGCAACGUGAUGAUUCGUUCAUGUGGUCUACAGGCUCUGCACGGUCUCUUCAACUCACAACCUAAAUCUUCAUGUCUGUCAGCAGAGCUUAAUGCUCAGAUCAUCACGGCUCUGUAUGACUACCAGCCAUCUGAGAGCGACAGCCAGCCGGUGAGAGCGUGGCUUGCCGUCAUGGAGAAAGCUCAUGUCAACCUACUCAGACUGGAUCCCAAGCUGUGUGUGAGUCACCUGCCCAAACUUGUGUCAGCGUGUAUGAUCUGCCUCCUCUCCGACAGACACGAUGUGGUCAAAUGUGCAUCUGCCACACUCAAGCUGUUACUACAAAACUGUCUGGCUCAAUCUGGUGACAUCCUGACUCAACUGGUUCAGACUGGAUCCAGCUCUCCUGUCCACAAGAUCGUGAAGGCCCUGGAGGCCGGCCUCAGUUACCAGUAUCACUCCGCGUGGGGGCCAGUACUUCAGGUGUGGGCGGCAACCUUUGAGGCAUUUGGGAAACCAUGUCACUCUCUCUUGAAGAAAUGUCUCCUGUCCAUGGCAGAUCUGAGGGAAACACCACAUUUCGCCUUCAGAGUUGACCUUGACAUGGCUUUGGGGUCAGCAGUUAAGGCCAUGGGACCUCGUCUCUUUCUUGAAGCUGUACCUCUUCAGAUUUCUGGUGAUGGAGAUGACCCAGACUUCCCUCGGAGUUGGCUGAUUCCAGUGUUCCGUGACAAUGUCAGCAACACAGAGCUGGGCUUCUUCACAUCGUACUUCCUGCCUCUAGCAGCACGGUUCAGACAGAGAGCCCAGCAGUGUGCUGAGGACCAGAAUGUGGUGGCAGCCAAGAGCUAUGAGGCGUUACAACAACAGAUCUGGUCCUUGUUGCCUGGAUUCUUUAAACACCCGACAGACAUUGCACAGUCCUUCAAAGGCAUUGCGAAAGUACUUGGCAGUGCCAUAUCGGAGAGGCCUGACCUUCGUAUGAAGGUCAUGGCCUCUCUGAGGUCACUCAUCACGCAGAACCUGGACAAUGACAUCAACAAGGCCGAGUUGGCCAGGUUUGGGAAAAACUUCCUCCCUAUUCUCUUCAACCUGUUCACACAAGAUGAAGAGACGAGAGACAAGGCUCAGAGACUGGCGGUGCUAGAGACAGUCCGGGCCUACACGCAGAUCUGUGAUAAACAGCUGGUGAUAUCAUUUUUUGACAAGUGUUGUUCAAAGAUGGAUGAAGAAGACUCUACAGUGGUAAAAAGACUUGCUUUGACUGACUUGUUGAUAGUUUUAGUGUCAUCUGUUGGUGAAGACCAGCUGAAGACAGCUUUUGAUUUGUCUGUUCCAAACCUGACGAGCACGGAAAAAACGCUACAGAAAAAGUCAUACCGGGUCCUGCAAGAAAUCUGCUCGGGCAAGUCUCCUGAGAGUCAGAAGUUCACAAAGAAACAUCUGAAGAAAGUCCAGCAAUUGCUUGUGACAUCGUUAGCCAAGUCCAGUCCAGCGUCCAAGGCUCCUAGGCUGCGAUGUCUGAUCAGUCUCCUGCAACAACUUGAGAAGCCCCACAUGGAAUUCUUCCUGGCUGUUGUACCUGAGGCCAUGUUGUGUACCAAAGAGAUCGCAGAGAGGGCCCGUGUGGCUGCCUACGACCUACUGAUGGUGAUGGCAGACACAAUGGUCAGAUGGUACCCGGACAAGCCAGAGUCAGAGUCAGUAGGCAACUUUUUCAAGAUGGUUCUAGCAGGACUUGCUGGCUCCCCACAGAUGAUCAGUGGAACUCUCCUGGCACUCACCAGACUCUUGUAUGGUUAUAAAGACAAGGUGUCGAGUGACUUGUUGGACAUGCUGGUGGAGAGUGUGUGUCUGCUGCUGUCGUCCAAGACAAGGGAGGUGGUCAAGAGUGGCCUGAGUUUCAUCAAGGUGAUGCUGUCAGCCUACACAGAGACCAGACUGGCAGGACAACUCAAGACACUGGUGUCGAGUCUUGUGGGGAUGAAGGAGGAUUGCCGUCAUCACUGCCACACACGUGUCAAACAGAUCUACAGCAAGCUUAUCAGGAAGUUCGGGUAUGACACAAUCCAUGGUAUGACCCCAGUCCGGGUCCACAAGCUCCUCAACAACAUCCGCAAGACGCAGGAGAGAGCCAAGAGAAAGAAGUCUGCUGAUGACGAGGAGGAGUCAGAGGAUGACAUGGAUGUUCCAAAGAAUAAGCCGGAGAAUGUGGAGGAUCUUCUCCAGGACACAGACUCGGAGAUGGAAGAUGAUCAGGACAAGAAGAAGAAAGCAGCCAAUCAGAAGUCUCGACAGGGGAAAGGGGCGUGGCUGAAAGAAGGCGGGGAUGACCAGAUAGUGGAUUUCCUUGAUGCCAGUGCUGCCAAGAAAGUCCUGGCCACCAAGCCUAGCCAGAAAACAAGCAAAACCAAAAAGGACUCUGAUUUCAAGAUGUCUGCCGAUGGCCGUCUGGUUGUCACAGAUAUGGGUGAUGACAAAGGAGAGAAGAUGGAUUCCGAAGAUGAAGAUGACCUUGAUGACCUCUUCGCUGCUUUUGAAGGAGGAAUUGCCAAGCGGAGGAGAGCUCCCAAGAGGAAGCUGGAGGAAGACUCGGAUGACGAUGAGGAGCCAGGAAGAUCCAAAUACAAAGCUGGAGGACGUGGAAUACACCGACCGCUCACAAAACCAGGCUCCGAAUCAGGACCUAAACGCUUCGGCCAAGAAUACAAAGCAAAGAAGGCUGGUGGUGAUGUGAAGAAGACAGGCAAACAUGACCCCUAUGCCUACUUUCCCCUUAACAGACAGACGCUGAAUAGAAGGAAGCAGGCUAAGAUGCAGGGCCAGUUCCAGGGGCUGGUUCGGGGGGCCAGGAAGGGAGCUGCCAAGGGGACGAAGAACAAGAAGAGAAAUCACUGACACAUAAAUCUGUAAAUAUCUCUGAAAUAAACAUUUAACUGAA